CUCUCUCUCUCACGAUGGACGAGGUGUGUCCACUACAAGUGGUCAAAUACUCCUUAUUGCUGCAGGGUGUUCGAGAGAUCAGAGACAACCGCAGAGUUGUGGGAACUUUACUAUAAGUUUUUUGAUUUCCUAAGGGAACACACAAAAUGACAACCAAUCAGGAGCCGCAGUACGUUCACCAUCUAGAGCCACCGUGUGCUCCUUCAGCACCUCCUCUGGUCCUGUACUCAGACCCCAAGAACAAAGGUGUUAGACACUGGUGUGGCCGCUACUUUAUGGCUAUAAUCUAUAGCCUGCUUCUUCUGCUACUGGUGGCCGGUGUCCUCUUUGGUUACUACUGGUCGUCUCCCUGUGUAAGGGGCGUGGCGUGUGGCGACGUCGGCUGUGUCUGGAAGUCCCAGUGGUGUGACGGCGUCAGAGACUGUCGGGGGGGCCAGGACGAAUCCUCCUGCUUGAGGCUGUACGGACCCAGCUCCCUCCUGCAGGCCUACUCCUCACAGACCGGCUCCUGGAGGAGCGUGUGCUCCCAGGGCUGGACGGACCACCAGGGGUGGGCCAGCUGUCAGCUGAUGGGAUACGACCGGAGCACCUAUGUGGCGUCAGGGCAGCAGCAGGGCGGGUCUGACCGGGGGUUCUUCACCGCCAGACCUGGGUGGAGCCCCGAAGUGGCCUUUCUCCAGCAGCUUGUCCUCAGAGAUACAUGUCCCGGCAACAGACUGGUGACCUUGCGUUGCAUCGGUGAGCAGUCCUCCCCUCCCCCUCUUACCUCUGUCAAUCAAGAAUAAUCUGAUUUAGGUAUAUUUAUUGGCAUACUGUUUUCACUGUAUCCAGCCUUGUCAUAUAACGCAAGGCAUAAUUCAAAUAGCAUGUGGUAAGAUAAUAUAACCCUUUAUUAAUCUCACGUGUUUGGGUGAGAAUAAUUUUAUGAUAGUAUAUCAUUCUAAAUAAUAACAGAGAAAUAUGAAAUCAAUCGGAUCUCAUAAAAUAUCAAAUUAAAGGA